AUGAAUCUUGGAAACUUGCAUGAGUAUUCGUCUUCAUCGGACAUGGAGGAAACUCUCCAGAAUUCAGUAUCAGCACAGCCAUCAGUGUCGCAUAAGAAAAAGGCAGGGAGAAAGAAGUUUAAGGAAACUAGACACCCAACUUACAGAGGAGUAAGGGAAAGGAAAAAUGAUAAAUGGGUUUGUGAAAUUAGAGAACCCAAUAGCAAAUCAAGAAUUUGGCUUGGUACUCAUUCUACCCCUGAAAUGGCAGCUAGAGCUCACGACGUUGCUGCAUUAGCUCUCCGAGGGGAUUUGGCCCCGUUGAACUUUGAAGAUUCUUUAUGGCUGUUACAUCGUGCGAAGUCAUCGUCCCGCAAAGAUAUUCAGUGUGCCGCUGCCGAAGCUGCUCACGCUUUCCCACUCCGUUGUUACCCUAAACCAUCUUCAAUUCCGAAUAAAUGGCCUCAUGGUGUUACGUCUAGACUAUCUAGACUGGUUGAAGAGGCCGAGAAAGCUUCCAAUAAUUCAUCGAGUCCGGCCACGUUUUAUGAUGAUGAGGCAUUGUAUUACAUGCCAGCACUGAUUGCCAGCAUGGCAGAAGGUAUGUUACUUGAUCCACCACAAGAGGGUUACUAUUUUGGUGACGUGGACUGCAACAUGAACUCCGGUUUAUGGACUGAUACAAGUUGA